ACAACUUUCUGCGCGACUCGAGGAAGGAGGGCUCGUGCGCUUGUGCAAUUGGUUGACAAGAGCGCAGUGCGCUGACUGUCCUCCGAACAACGAGAGGCUGACUGCUUAGUCGUUAUGGAUUUAAAUUACCUGUAAACAGUAUCAGCCGGUUUGACAGGACAUCCUUACACUAUUUCAUCAAUUGCAGGUAGAGCCCACCUGACCCACGACCCAGAUCCAUCAGAAGACCCUCUCAAAGAGCCUGGUCAGCAGUCUGGAGAAGCCAUGGAUAGGAAUGAGAGGUCCACCCCCGUCCCUGGCAAAGAGAAAGUGGUGGAUAUCAUCAAUAUCAAGGGCAUCGAGGAUAUAGGCUAUGUUCAGCCGGAUUCCAUACUCCUGAACUGCCUGACACCUGAGGAGAACACAGGAUGUCAGCAUGGCCUGUACUUUCAGGACGGAGAGAGGCGGGUGGACUACAUCCUCACCUACCACAUCAAAAAGCCCAGCAGCUCGCGCUCCAACCGACAGUCCUCCCGCUUCACUGACAACGCCUUUACACGGAGCCUCCGCCGUGGGACAGCCAGGCUGGGACGAGCGCCACCCCCUCAGCCCAGAGGUGACCCGGAGGUGGCCUCCCAAGACCACAGCAUGGACUACCACGUGGACGACAAGCGCCUCCACCGGGAGGAGUUUGAGGGCAACCUGAGGGAUAUGGGCAUGGAGCUGGAGAAGGAUGAGGAUACUAAAACUCCAGGUGUGGGCUUUGUGAAGAUUCAUGCUCCAUGGCAUGUGCUCUGUCGAGAGGCAGAGUUUAUGAAGCUCAAGAUGCCCACGAAAAAAGUAUAUGAAAUGAAGCAGAGUACGGGUGUUGGGGCGAAGAUCAACACAUUGGUAAACAAAGCGACAGAACCUCUCUAUCCCAACGUGGAGGAUAACAGGACACACAAUGUUAAGCAUCUCUCCUACAUGUUCUCCAGGGAAAAACAACACUUGUUUGAUUUAUCAGACAGAGACUCCUUCUUUGAUAGUAAAACAAGAGCUUCAAUAGUUUUUGAAGUAUUGAAACGUACAAAAUGCACAAAGGCUAAGUAUAGUAUGGGGUUCACCAGCCUGCUAGGGAGUGGAGUCUACACAGAUGCCUAUCCGCUACAUGAUGGAGAUUUGGAUGGUGAAAACGUUGAGCCUAAUGAUAGGAAGCUCUUGUAUGAGGAGUGGGCGAGUUACAGUGUAUUUUACAAAUACCAGCCUAUCGGGCUAGUAAGGAAGUACUUUGGGGAGAAGAUAGGGCUGUACUUUGCAUGGCUGGGGCUGUACACCCAAAUGCUGAUCCCUGCUUCUCUAGUGGGAGUCAUCGUGUUCCUGUAUGGCUGUGCCACCGUAGACGACAACAUUCCCAGCAUGGAGAUCUGCCACCCCAAGAACAACAUCACCAUGUGCCCGCUGUGUGACAGAGCCUGUAGUUACUGGAAACUGAAGGAAGCCUGCGGGACGGCCCGGGCCAGCCACCUCUUUGACAACCCUGCCACCGUCUUCUUCUCCAUCUUCAUGGCCCUCUGGGCUGCGAUGUUCAUGGAGCACUGGAAGAGAAGACAGAUGCGUCUCAACUAUGAAUGGGAUCUGACAGGCUUCGAGGAGGAGGAGGACCACCCACGAGCUGAGUACGAGCUCCGAGUCAUGCAGAAGUCCCUGAAGAAAGAACACAAGACACAGAAGACAGAAAAAGAAAAGCUGACGUGCAAAGACCGGUUACCAGCGUACAUGACCAACGUAGUCAUGAUGCUUUUGAUGAUCGGGGUAACGUUUGCCAUAGUGUUCGGAGUCAUCCUUUACCGGAUAUCCACCAAGACAGCGCUGCACAUGAGCAACAACCCCACCACGCGGUCCAACGUCCGUCUGACGGUCAAAACCACCGCUGCCAUCAUCAACCUGGUGGUCAUUCUGAUCCUAGAUGAGGUGUACGGAGCUGUCGCCCGCUGGCUCACUGUCCUCGAGGUUCCAAAGACAGACAAGAGCUUUGAGGAGAGAUUGAUAUUCAAAACUUUCAUCCUGAAGUUUGUGAAUGCCUUUACCCCCAUCAUAUACAUAGCAUUUUUCAGAGGCAGGCUUGUUGGUCGACCUGGAAGUUAUCUUUAUGUGUUUGAGUCGUAUCGAAUGGAAGAGUGUGCUCAUGGAGGAUGUCUGAUGGAGUUGUGUAUUCAGCUCAGUAUCACCAUGUUGGGAAAGCAACUCAUCCAGAACAAUUUAUUUGAGAUUGGCAUUCCGAAGCUGAAGAAGCUGAUAAGGUACAUCAAGUCCAAGAGAAGGUCCUUCCAGGAAGAGGAGAGAGAGAAGAAGUUACAGCACUAUGAGACGGACCACUUCCUAGAGCCCUUCGCAGGCCUCACGCCAGAGUACAUGGAGAUGAUAAUCCAGUUUGGGUUUGUGACCCUGUUCGUGGCAUCGUUCCCGCUGGCCCCACUUUUCGCCCUCCUUAACAACAUCAUCGAGAUACGCCUGGAUGCCAAGAAGUUUGUGGCCGAGCUCAGGAGGCCGGUCGCUGCAAGGGCAAAAGACAUUGGAAUAUGGUACAACCUUCUCCGAGCUGUGGCUAAAGUGGCCGUCAUCAUAAAUGCAUUUGUGAUCUCCUUCACGUCAGACUUCAUCCCGAGGCUGGUCUACCAGUACAUGUACAGCCCAGACGGCUCCAUGCACGGCUUCGUCAACCACACCCUGUCCUACUUCAAUGUGAGCAACUUUCAGGACGGUAAAGAACCUAUGGACCCACAGCAUCAGGUGGAGAUGUGUAGGUAUAAAGACUACAGGGAGCCCCCAUGGUCCAACACACCCUACGUCAUCUCUAAAGAGUUCUGGGCGGUCCUGGCUGCCAGACUGGCCUUCGUCAUCGUCUUCCAGAAUGUGGUGAUGCUGAUGAGUGACAUCGUGGACUGGCUGAUCCCAGACAUCCCUAAAGACAUCAGCCUUCAGAUCCACAAGGAGAAGAUCCUGAUGGUGGAGCUGUUCAUGAAGGAGGAACAGGGCAAGAUUCAGUUCAUAGACAGCAUGAUACCUUGUGGUGGCAAGGAGAAGCGCAACAACCAUGCCCCUAUAGCCCGCUCACGCUCCAUCCCACACACACACAGUCACACACACGCCAACAACUUCUAGCAGCUACUGUAAGGUGUAGCCUAGCUAGCCAGGCAAAGGGUUACUACUGUCUGUAUCCUUUUCCUUGUCCAGACAUUCCAUAGAAAGGGAGAGGUGCUCCCUACAAGAUGUUGUUGAGACCCAAUGAGGAGAAACAGAAACUGUUCCAGUUCUCAAUGCCUAUCUGUCAAACCUCUCAGUGAAUAACUAGCUAACUAGCUAACUGCCAACUAGUGGGGUCAUGGGCUUAGAUGUCACAAAUACGCCAUUUAGCUAAUGCUUUUAUCCAAAGCGACUUACAGUAGUGCAAAUUAUAGCGGACCAUGUUCAAUGAGAGAAAAAAAUAUAUUUUUAUUUUUUUUCCUUUGCAUAAUGCUGUCAAGAAAAUGUAUUUUGUAACAUGCUUUACAGUGCUGUAUGUCUGGCAUACAAGGUAUUUCUAUGUUUGCCUCUUUUUAAAAGGAUGUAGAUGAUACGUUAUACUUUACUGUUAUGACUCAACCAUGUUCAUGGUGCAAACAAUCACUCUCGGAAUACGCUACAUGUUUUAUUCAUGCUUUGUUCUCAAAAUUAAUAUUUUUUAUUUACAUAUUUUAUUGAUUAUAUUUUCAUCGAUUAAACAUUUAAAAAGUAAUUGGAUAUUAUGAAAUGUAUGUGUGUAGAGCAAAUAAUAUAAUCUUAUUCUUAAAUGGGUGACAUGUUUUUUAUGUCUUUGAUACAAAGAUCUCAAAUGGUAUUAGCAACCAAGCUCAUUAUUAGUUAACAAGCUCACAGUUGAGGGCUGUUUGUGGGCUCCCAUGCUACCAUAGAGUUAAAGCAGUUAUUACAUGGACUGUAUUAUAGCAUAAGUGUCAAAAGGCACUGUUUAACAGAUACUUCUAAACAUAGUAAAAUAGGUUGAAUGACUUUACUUCAGAACAUAAUAAACUCAGCAGUGUUACAAAUAUCCCCUGUUAUAAAAUGCACCGUUCAGGCCAGUCUAUCCCUGCCAUAAUACAGACUGAUCCUCUAUGACUUCUUUUCUGCUUCAAAGCCAGGCAGGAUAUUCUUUUUGGAACUUUAAAACUGUACUUAAAACUGUAUAUUGUUUACACUUACUUCUGUCUACUGGAAAUACUAAGAAAUAUAAUAUUUCUCGUUCUUUACUUGCCGUUCUUCAGACGACAAGGACACUUUGAUCCUUUUAUAUGUCAAACUAAUGUCUUCAUACAAAAGUCAACAUCAUUUCAUAGCAGCAUAUUUUACUGUAUUGAUACCGACUAUGUUGUAAAUGUUUAGGAGAUCUGCCUAUUCUUUUUUGAUGUGACGUUGAAUAAAUAACGCAUUAAAUUGAAUGUAAAACAAUAAAUAUAUGUUGCUGUGGG